AGUUGCAUCAAAAUCACGGUGUACGCUCAUGGUUCAUGCUUAUAUUAUACACCGAUCAUCAGGAUCACGUUGUUUUUGUUUUGGAUCUAUUCUUGAGAUCCAGAAUCCAGUGAUCCGAAUCUAAUUUCGGCAAUUGUUUGUGUCGUGAUUUUUCCUUACACGUAUUACCAGCAACAAUCUUCGUUAUCUCGCAAUUUGCAAGUUACGACUUGAAAUUUUUAUGGUUGUCAAGGGUCAGAAUCUUCGUUCAACCUCGCAUACUCGAAAAGUAAUUUGUAAUGAGAAAAGUGCGAUGUCGAAUGACCACUCGGACUAGUUUCUGACGUCGUGCGGUAAAACUGGUGUGCUCUGAAUAAGAGAAAUGCAGAGUAACCUUGAUCAUGAGUGAAUAAUUAAAUGCUCUUGCUACGCAAGGUGCUGAUCAAUUUGACAGUUCUAGCCGUGGUUCUGGUGCUGUUCUACUGUUAUCAGACAUCAGAUGGUAAAUACUGGUCGACGAACACUGCCCCAGACCAUGAAACUACUCCGACUGCAAGGUCGAGCAGAUUCGGCCUUAGGGAGGAAGAAAUUUCUGGUGCACUCCUCGAGGUUGAAAAGAUUUAUUAUAACGUCUGGUGCAUAUUCACGAAGGUUGCUAGUAACUCGCCAAUGAAAAGGAAGUUCGAGAUCUUCGCGGAGUCUUUGCUUAGAUUGUCCUCCGUUGACAUUGUGUUCCAUGUGAUAACCGACGACGACAGCAAGGACGUUGCAGAGAAUGUCCUGGAUGGAGUUUUGUCAUCGACAGGAAAAUUUAUGAAGGUGCAAUAUUACGAUGUCCACGAACUAGCGUCACAGCUAGAGGACAUUGUAUCGGUAAUGUCUCCGCAUUUCAGCAGUAAACCUGGAACAUACUACUCGGAUGCAUUAUUCUUUCUGUCUCUGGGUUUACACCGAAUAGCUCCAAUGGAGCAAAGCUUUGCAGCAAUGUUCGAUGCCGAUACAAAAUUUCGUAAAGACAUCAAGGAACUUUUCGAAGAGUUUAACAGUUUCGGGGAUCAAGCCCUGUUUGGCUUGGCUCCAGAGCUCACUCCAGUUUACAAACACGUUUUGUACCUAUAUCGCAACAAACACCCUAAUACUCUGUUUGGGGAGCCUGCACAAUCCGGUGGAUAUCCUGGUUAUAACAGCGGGGUGGUACUUUUUAACUUGAAUAGGCUGCGAAACUCUUCUGUGUAUAAUGAGAUUGUUAAGAAGAACACUGUCGAUGCUAUGACUGAGAAGUAUCACUUCAAGGGGCAUUUAGGAGACCAAGACUUCUAUACGCUUCUAGGAAUGGAAAGACCCGAGUUGAUCCACACUAUAGACUGUGGUUGGAAUAGGCAGCUGUGUACAUGGUGGAGAGACCGUGGCUACGCGGACGUGUUUGGAAAUUAUUCAAGGUGCGACUCUGACACAAAAUUGUGGCAUGGGAAUUGCAAUACUCCAAUACCUGACAAUUAAUCAACGUCCAGCAUAUCGUAGCCUGUCUUUCUGAAAGAAAAUGUUUGAAAUACGUUCAUACUGCGUCUUCUUUCAACAAGCAGGUAUUUUAUAAACAUGACAAUGCGAGAUCUCUUUUUCAUUACUGUUAGUGCAAUUAUAAGGUGAAUAAUGUAACUGUA